AUCCGGACUCGGUUCAGUGGAGUCCUCGAGGACGGGACCAACAUUCGAGGAGUUGCAUCGGCCUCUCCUGAGGACGUGUACCUGUAUCCUGCCGGGAUGCAUGCGUUAUGGAGAGUGAGCCAGAUGAUUUCUGCCGUCUUAGGCAGCAAGAACAGCACUGCGAAGGUUGCUCAUGUCAACUUGAUCUACGCCGACUCCUAUCGCUUUCUGCAACUUCCAGACAGCCCGGGAUACCACUUCUUUAGCAACGACACGCUUGAUGAUUUAGAGGCUCUCCUCGAGUCCGGAACCCCAGACUCUCCAGCCAUCCUGGCAUUGAUGACCGAAGUCCCGGGGAAUCCCCAUCUGCGCACCCCUGAUAUCAAGAGACUGCGUCGACUCGCGGACAAAUACAACUUUCCCAUCGUGGUCGACGAGACUGUAGCUGGGUACCUCACUGUCCAGGUCUUUCCCUACUGCGAUGUUGUCGUGGCCAGUCUUUCGAAGCUCUUCAGUGGACUGGCGAAUGUACAAGCCGGCGCGGUCAUGUUGAAUCCCGACUCUCGCUUCUAUCCCCGAUUCAAAGCGUACUUGCAAGACACCUACCUCGAUUGUUUCUUCGACCAAGAUGCACUCAUUUUGGAGAUGAACUCCCGUGAAUUGGCUGAGCGAUUUUCCGUGGUCAACCGGAAUGCCGAAGCUGUUGCGGAUGCGCUGUACUCUCGUUCGUUGGCCGGCGGUGCGACGGACUCUGUUAUACAAGAGGUUUGCCUGAUAGAGAUUACGCGCCCGGUUCUGAUUUUAAUCCUCAGGUCCAUUACCCUAAAUAUCGCACAAGAGAGAACUACGAGCAAUUGAGAAAUCCUCUGGCAGCCAAAGCUGGAUUGAGUCAUCCCGGCUACUCCCAUCUGCUUUCUGUGACAUUUACGUCGUUGGAAGCAGCCAAGAUCUUCUACGAGUCUCUGAAAUGCCCCAAAGGUGCCACUCUGGGAACUGUGUUCACGCUUUCCACGGCAUUCUGUGCUUUGGCCUUUGCUCCCGAUAAGCUGGAUUGGAUGCAAGCACACGGUAUCGAGCCUUUCUUGGUACGCCUGAGCAUUGGAAUGGAAGAAACGGCUGAGAUAUUGCGAGUGGUAUUUGACGCACUCGAUGACGCCCAACGCGCAGGCUGACAGUCAGCGCCAUUGGGCACGCCAAAAACCAAGUAGCGUACUUGGACACUUGGUAAUCCCUUGGCAAUUAUCCUGUUACAUGCCUUCCAACCAGAUGCAAGAAUGUGUGCUAAGUAGUGGGUACUGCCAAUUGAUGCCAAUCAAAGUCCGAAUUUGGACACCCGGUGAUAACUUCGUAAUGGCUACUCUGAUGACGCUGCAUCGGCGCUGGAGGGUCAGACAACGAGCAUGCCAGGUUUUCUGACAAAGGCCAUCGAGAACGUCAAGUGCUUUGAGCCUGACAAGCACUCUGUGUCAAUCAUCCGCAACAGCAGUUCUCUCGGAACAACAAGUAUCCAUGGGCAGCUCAAACAGCGCACUGUUCCCAGGCACUCUCAAUGAACGCAAUCCCGCAGCCGACUCCGUCUUUGGGACGGAGCAUCCCAGCGGACUCGCCCUACUCGCUCCUCUGGUCUCUGCCCGAUUGGGAGCACAAUGUCAUCAUAGCCGAGGGCAAACGGGACACAUUCGAAUGGAAGUUGGAGACGGCGUACCCUCGGUUCGGGACGCAUCCCAGGGUUGCCAAACUUGUCGCUAUCGUCUCCGCUGCGCUGGAUCCAGUCCAAAAGAGGUUUCUGCUGCUCUUUCCCUGUCGCCAGUUCGCGGAGGAACUCCGUCAUUACAUGCAGCAGACGCUGCCAUCGGCCUCUUGUGAUAUUCAGUCCGCUUCGUCCGUGGCGAAUCCUCCCCCAGGACACGAGAUCUACGCGGCGUUUCUAUCUGUGGGGCGCUCGGAAAUAAUGAGCUUCCAUAUCUUCAGCGGCACUGGAAUAUCUCCACGGCUUGCGGAUGUCUGUCUCCAGCGUCUAGAAGGAAUUGAAGAGCCUGCUCUGAGUCCCGUGCCUGAUGAAGGGCAUCUCUUCUCUCAUUACUACAAACGGCAUGCGCCGUUAUCUUCUGUGGCCGAGGCAAAGAAGGCGAUCCGGACUCGGUUCAGUGGAGUGCUGGAGGAUGGGACCAGCAUCCGAGGCGUAUCUUCAGCCUCCCCUGAGGACGUCUACCUGUAUCCUGCCGGGAUGCACGCAGUCUGGAGAGUGAACCAGCUGAUUUCUGCCGUUUUGGGAAGCACGAACAAGACUGCAAAAGUUGCUCAUGUCAAUAUGCUCUACGCUGAUUCGUACCGUAUUCUGGAACUUCCAGAUAACCCAGGAUAUGACUUCUUCAGCAACAACAUGCUCGACGAACUGGAGGUGCUACUCGAAUCCGGGACCCCUGACUCGCCGGCUAUCCUGGCCGUCAUGACCGACCUCCCCGGCAACCCUCACAUAGAAACACCUGAUCUUGAGAGACUGCGUCGGCUCGCAGACAAAUAUAACUUCGCCGUCGUCGUUGACGAGACCAUCGCCGGCCAUCUCAAUGUUCAAGCCUUGCCGUACUGCGAUAUCGUCGUGGCCAGUCUUUCAAAGCUCUUUAGCGGAUUGGCGAACGUACAAGUUGGCGCGAUUAUGUUGAAUCCCGACUCUCCAUUUUACUCUCGCUUCAAGAUGCAUCUGCAAGACACCUACCGCGACUACUUUUUUGACCAAGAUGCCCUUAUCCUGGAGAUGAACUCGCGCGAAUUCGUUGAACGCACUGCCGUCGUCAAUCGUAACGCAGAAGCUGCAGCUGAUGCCCUGUUCUCUCGUUCGUUGGCCGGCGGUGCGACAAACUCGGUUCUUCAGACGGUUCUUUAUCCUAAGUACCGCUCGCGGGAGAACUACGACCGAGUGCUCAAUCUUUCGGCAGCUAAAGCUGGAUUGGCCGAUCCCGGCUAUUCGUAUCUGCUGUCGCCGAUAUUCACGUCGUUGGAGGCAGCCAAGGCCUUCUACGAGUCCCUGCAGUGUUCUAGAGGUGCUACGCUAGGCACUGUAUUCACGCUUGCCACAGCAUUCAGUGCGCUGGCCUUCCCGCCUGAUAAACGCGAGUGGAUGCAAGCACAUGGGGUGGAGCCUUUCUUGGUUUGUUCGAUUCCGGUUUUUCCUUCCGAUCUCUCAAUGUUCCGCUCAGGUACGCCUGAGCAUUGGAAUGGAAGAAACAACGGAGAUCUUACGAGUCUUAUUUGACGCGCUGGAUUUUGCACAACGCACAUGCCGACAGUGACCGCCGUCGCCAACGCCGGAAACCAGGCACCAUAUUUAUGUAGUUGUCAAUCACUUAAGUACAAUCUUGUCAAUUCGUAUCGUAACGGGGCUUGCAACUAGACGUGAUAUUCGAUGGUGC